AUGCUUUAUUUUUCAAAUCCAUUUUCAAUAUUUGUCUUCAUUGUUAUUUUAACAAUAUCAACUUUGGCAAUAAAACCUAAACAAAAUAUUCAUGAAGAUGAUCAACAAUUUAAUUUACGUGACUUAAUUCGUUUGAAGCGUCAAACAAAUUGUGUUGCUCUUGGUGAUUCUUGUGUUAAAAGUGCUGAUUGUUGUGAUGGUCCAAUACGUGGUAAUAAUAUUGGACAAACUGUUUGUCGAGCAAGUGAUCGUCUUUGUCAUUCACGUACCAAUAAUGGUCGCCGUUAG